AUGGCUAGAAAGAAGGUCGACCUUACUUUCAUAACCAAAACCUCAAAGAGGAAGGCUACCUUCAAGAAAAGGAAAAAUGGUUUGAUCAAAAAGAUCGGUGAAAUCAGCAUCCUCUGUGGGAUUCAAGCCUGUGCUAUAAUCUACACACCAGAUGAACCUGAACAGCCAGAGGUUUGGCCCUCUGAGGAGGGAGUUGAAAGUGCUAUCACCAGGUUCAGGAGUGUUUCUGAACUGGAGCAAAGCAAGAAAAUGUUCUGUCAGGAAAGCUUCUUGAGGCAAAGGAUCGUCAAGGUCCAAGAACAGUUGAAGAAAGUGAGGAAUGAGAAUAGGAAGAAAGAGAUUAACCAUCUCAUUUCUCAAUACAUCACUGUUGGGAACAACCUUGAGACUGCCAACAUCAUUGAUCUCAAUGAUAUCUCAUUCUUGGCUGAUCAAUGCUUGGAGGACAUCACAAAGAAAAUCGCUGCUCGCAAAGCCCAGAUGGGAACACAAGUUCCUGAAAAUAAUGGUGGAGAAACUGUGACUCGCCAUGGAGAACAAGCACGGGUGAAUCAUGUCCAAGUCCAAGGGCCUUACACUGAUGUUGAUGCCAUGCAGAAUCUGAACUGGUCUGCUGAUAUCAUCAAUGCUGCUGCUCCCAAUGAGAUGUUAUCAUUGGAUGAUGUUAAUGUCCAAAGUGGUUGGCUUAACCAAUACAUCCCUUGAAAAACCGUACCUCUUCUUGUUCUUUCCGGCAA